UGACCAUCUCCUCUUGCCUGUGAACCGCUUCAAUUCCACACUUUCUCUUCUUUACACCCCCCCUUUAUUUUCUACCUAUAUAUAUUGUUCUUUCCUUCAUACCAUUCACCAAUUAAUGUACUCAAGAAGAACAUCUCAUAACAACACUUUUGAAAUUGUAAGAUAAAUUAACCAUGAUGAAGAGGAGCUUUGUCUAUGCUGCCGUAUUUGUCCUUCUUUCACUUUAUUUUCCAAUGAUGAUCACCUCUUCAAGGCACAUACGCCACUCAAAUUCGAGAGAAGGACACUUAGAUGUUGAAAUGGGAAGUAAAGGGACAAGAGAAAGGUUACAUUGGGAGGGAAGAUCAAAACAUCAUAUGCGUAGACCCGACACAAUGCAAGUAGCCGGGUCGAGGUUGCCGGAUUGUUCUCAUGCAUGCGGGUCAUGCACGCCAUGCAGAUUGGUGAUGGUGAGCUUAGUUUGUGCAUCUCUUGCAGAAGCUGAAUCUUGUCCAAUGGCUUACAAAUGCAUGUGCCAUAACAAGUCUUAUCCUGUUCCAUAAUUAUUUACAGAAUUUCAAUUUUCUAACCAUCUGUAAUAUAUACCGUGCCCAUUUUCCUUGGUAAUUUAUUUGCUUUCUUAAUCUCUAUUUUGUUCAACAAUGUUGACAUGCUUCUCCGUUACCUUUUGGCUGGAAAAAUUAUACAUUUUUCUUUAAAUUACAGUUAUGUAUUAAUAUUCA